AGCAGACUUCCCAUGACUAACAAAUGCUGGCCUAGAUUAUGAGCUCAAACAAGAACGCUCGCUACAAUCGUUUCUCCAGUGGCACGACAAACAUCGCUGCUUCUGAAAAUACUAACGGGACAAGAAUGGAAACAACUUUUGGGCCAGCCUACUCCGCUGUGACCACCAUCACAAAGGCUGACGGGACCAAUACUUUUAAGCAGCAUCGUCGGACGCCAUCCUCCUCCAGCACACUCACCUAUUCCCCCCGCGAUGAGGACGAUGGCAUGCCUCCGAUCAGCACCCCGCGCCGCUCCGACUCUGCUAUCUCCGUCCGUUCCUUGCACUCCGAGUCCAACAUGUCCUUGCGCUCGACGUUCUCGCUCCAUGAGGAAGAGGAGGAGCCAGAGCCACUGGUAUUUGCCGAACAGCCGUCCGUGAAGCUGUGCUGCCAACUCUGCUGUAGUGUGUUUAAGGAUCCAGUCAUCACGACCUGUGGGCACACGUUUUGUAGAAGAUGUGCCUUAACAUCUGAGAAGUGCCCCGUGGACAAUGCCAAACUGACCGUAGUGGUUAACAACAUCGCCGUGGCUGAGCAGAUCGGGGAGCUCUUCAUCCACUGCAAGUACGGGUGCCGGCCUGCAGCCAGCAGCAAGCCCGCUGCCUUCGAGGUGGACCCCCGUGGAUGUCCGUUUACAAUUAAACUGAGUGCCAGGAAGGAUCAUGAGAGCAGCUGUGAUUACCGGCCGGUUCGCUGCCCCAAUAACCCCAGCUGCCCGCCUCUGCUGAAGAUGAACCUGGAGGCACAUCUGAAAGAGUGCGAGCACAUAAAAUGUCCCCACUCCAAAUACGGGUGCACGUUCAUAGGAAAUCAAGACACUUAUGAGACCCACUUGGAGACGUGCAAGUUCGAGGGGCUGAAGGAGUUCCUGCAGCAGACAGACGAUCGCUUCCAUGAGAUGCAGGUGGCAAUGGCCCAGAAGGACCAGGAAAUUGCCUUCUUGCGCUCCAUGCUGGGCAAGCUGUCAGAGAAAAUCGACCAGCUGGAGAAGAACCUGGAGCUGAAGUUUGACGUGCUGGACGAGAACCAGAGCAAGCUGAGCGAGGACCUGAUGGAGUUCCGCAGGGACGCCUCCAUGCUGAACGAUGAACUCUCCCACAUCAAUGCUCGGCUCAACAUGGGCAUCCUUGGAU